AUGGAGGACGAUCCGAGCCCGCAGUACCCGUCCUUCGAGACGACGACGCUCAAGCCUCAGCACUUCUCCACUGAUACACGCAGAGUGCGCUCCUUCUGGCAUGAAUACAAUGCAAAGAUUAUACAGCGAGCCCUGGACGAAAAAGCAGCACUUAAUGACGAUGCGUAUCCUGAUCUCUCACUAAUCGAGGUCUGGCUCCGGGACACCCAGGCUCGACCUCAAUCGGUUACGCCUGAAGGUGGACCAUUUGUGUUUGCACCACCACUGGGUUGGCAGCUUCGCACGGCUCGCGACGUAGUCCAACUCGACGGUAGCCUUAUUCAGCACGGUGAUGGCUUCAUCUUCUCAGCACUUGGACGCUGGCGCCCCAAGCAGAGUACUAUCCCCAAGUACAUCUACCGCCACCACGGUCGCUACCUCCCUAUAUUCGGCAUGUUUGUGGGCCAGGCGCGCCUUGGCCAACUACCACCUCAUGCACCCCAAGUCAAUCCCUCUUGCAUCCAGCCCCCAGCUUCUGCACUACCCAUAUGGGAAGCGAUCGUACGGGACAUACAACGGGACGCAGACAAGCAGGGCAUGUUCUACAACCAGGCACUUAUGCCACUCACUUCUUCAUAA